AUGUCUGGAGCUGAACGGAAGCUGCGCCACUUGAAAACGAGACGUCGUGGUAUCCUGUCGUCGUUCACUCUCAUCAAUAACUUCGUCUCUUCGUACCAGGAGGAAAGAGACAGAGCAGAAGUUCCCGUACGCCUGGAAGCGGUCGUGUCGCAAUGGACGGAGUUCAACAAGAUACAAGUGGAAUUAGAAACUUGUGAUGAAGCUCCUGAAGCGAUAGACCAGUAUUUUAAAGAAAAGGCCGAGUUUGAGACGCAGUAUUAUAAAGUGAAGGGUUUUCUUCUGCAACACUGCCAAAUCCCUGCUACGAAUGCGCCUUCUUCCGCCCCCCACACGCGAAGUCAUAAUUCGAGCAACGUUAAACUGCCUGACGUUAAGCUACCGGUGUUUGCCGGCAACUAUGAGAGUUGGCUCAACUUUCACGACUUGUUCGUAUCGCUUGUUCACUCGUCGUCGGAGCUUUCAAGUAUCCAAAAAUUUUAUUAUCUCCGGUCGUCUUUAGCUGGGGAAGCACUGAAGCUGAUCCAGACGAUACCGAUUAGUGGCAUUAAUUAUCCAGUGGCUUGGAAUUUGUUGGUCGAGCACUCCCAAGACCAGAAGGUUCUUAAGCGCAAUUAUGUUCAGGCAUUGUUUGACUUUCCGGUCCUUCGUCGAGAGUCUUCUACUGAACUGCAUUCGUUGGUUGAAAAGUUCGAAGCAAAUGUUAGGGUGCUCAAGCAACUUGGAGAAAGCACCGAACAUUGGGACAUAUUGCUGAUCCAUUUCCUCACGAGUCGUCUCGAUCCUGACCUCAUCGAUUUCAUCCAGCGGAGAGUCAACGUAUUGCAGCACGUGUCUUCCAAGCAAAGCGAUAUUCAACAACUUUCGCAAUUUCGCAAAACGACGAAUAAUCGUGUUAGUAGCCACGGAGCAUUUCAGGAGAAUCGUCGAAAGUGUCUCGUCUGUCCGGAAGAACAUCCCAUCUACCAGUGUAGCAUCUUUAGUCGUAUGCCUGUAGAGGAGAACGAGAAGCUCGUCAAGCGUCACCAACUGUGCCUGAACUGUCUUCGAAAAGGCCACAUGGCACGUGAUUGUCCGUCGGAGAACUGCUGCUGGAAGUGCAGAUCUCGCCAUCACACUCAACUGUGCACAAAUACAUCGAAUGCUAGAAGACCAUCAAACGCUGUAGCAGGUUCAAAAAAUAACAACCGAAAUUCGAACCAUUCCACCACCAGUACAACCCUUCAAGAUCAACAACCCCCAUCCUCAUCGAUGCAAGCGCCAGCACCUGUUUUGAAUGCUGCACACUCCGGUUUGAGCAGCUGUAACUCACAACUGUCCGCGAGAUCCAAGGUUCUUCUAGCCACUGCUGUGGUGAUUGUAGUAGACGACGCUGGAAGAGAACAUAUCGCCCGAGCACUUUUGGAUUCGGGGAGCGAAUGCUGUUUCGCCACCACACAGUUGUCUCAGACGAUGGCUGUUACUCGAACGAGAAUCGAUCUGCCGAUAGCCGGAAUCGGAAAAUCUUUGACCAAUGUGAAGCACCAAUUUCGUGCCGUCAUCAAAUCCCGAACUCGCAACUAUUCCUCUUGUGUCGAUUUGCUUAUUCUGCCGAAGCUCACUAUCGAUUUGCCAUCGGUCGAUGUAAACAUCGAUCAUUGGAACAUUCCCACCAACAUUGAUCUAGCCGAUCCAGCGUUCUUCAAAUCGAGCAGUAUCGACAUUAUAUUGGGCGCAGAGAUAUUUUUUGACCUGUUCUCCAUCCCAGGUCGCAUUUCCCUUGGAGAUUUUCUUCCUUCACUCACCAAUUCCGUCUUAGGAUGGGUAGUGUCAGGCCGAACUGCCCAAAGUCAACGCCAAUCUUCUGUUCGCUGCAACGUUGCAACCAUAGCCGAUCUUCACAAUGAUAUGGAGAAAUUUUGGAACAUAGAGGAAGAUCCAUCCGCCAACAACCAUUCCCCGGACGAAACUGCCUGCGAAGAGUUCUUCCAGCGCACUGUCGCACGCGAUUCAUCGGGUCGAUACAUGGUUCGACUACCAUUCAAGGAAUCUCUAAUGCAGCGAUUGGGAGACAACAAGGAAUCGGCUCUGCAUCGCUUUCGCCUGCUGGAAAAUCGACUGUCACGUGAUUCUACGAUCGUUCAGAAGUAUCGAGACUUAAUGGCCGAGUAUCUGGGGCUGGGUCAUAUGACGCCACUCAGCGACUUCGGAGAUGAGAUUCAUCCGAAGUAUUACCUUCCACAUCACCCCGUUAUACGAGAGAGCAGCAGAACAACUAAGCUGCGCGUCGUUUUCGAUGCGUCCAGUAAAACGAGUUCGGGAAUCUCACUGAACGAUGCCCUGAUCGUCGGUCCGACUGUGCAGGACGAUCUGCGCUCUAUCAUCAUGCGUUCCCGCACACAUGAAAUCGUUCUCAUAGCGGACGCCGAAAAAAUGUAUCGCCAAGUUCUACACUUCCCCGAAGACUAUGCGUACCUGUGCAUAUUCUGGCGAUUUUCUCGGGACGAACCACUUCAAACAUACGUUCUCCGAACCGUCACGUAUGGGACAGCAUCGGCUCCUUAUCUGGCUACUCGGGUCUUGAAGCAGUUAGCAAGCGACGAAGCGAGAAAUUUCCCAGUAGCAGUGAAGGUAGUUGAAAGGGAUUUUUACGUGGACGAUUUAUUUUCGGGAGCUUUUCCGGGCCGACUGUCGACGGAAAGCAAGAUCCAGUAG